CAUAAAGUAACACGGUUACACCUUGGGGGACAUAUAGAUUCCUGUAUGCUUUAUACAGCAUGUGUUUAGUUUGAAUUGUCUCUGAGCUUUAAUGCUGUAAAUUUAUCUUUGAUGUUUCAUAUUGAUAGGCUAUAAGGGAACUGUUAGAACAUCCUGGCAUGAUGUUGAACGGUUGUACUCUAGUAUCAAGAGUUCCCAUCAGUCCAGGGACCAUUCUCUUCACUUGGAAGUUCAACAUGCCAACCUAAAACCCAGCCUUCGGCCAUACCAGAGAUCUGCUGUACAGUGGAUGCUGGAAAGAGAAGGGUUUAUAAACCACAGUCAAGGCAUGGAGGAAAAAUCUGUACCAGAUAAAUUACAUCAACUUUUCCAGGAGAUACAGACUUUGGACAACCAGACCUUGUACUACAACUGCUUCACAGGAUGCCUUGUAGAGGAGAAGCCCCUGUGUGUUAAACCUUUACCUGGAGGGAUCUUGGCUGAUGAGAUGGGAUUGGGGAAGACGGUGGAGGUGUUAGCGUGUAUGUUAGGUCACCCACGCCAGAGUCUCCCUCCUCCAGAAGCCCUGCCUGUGGUGGAGAUUAUACAGGAUGAUGAAGACAUCAGUAAUGAAAGUGAUAGGCAGAUGAAGAAGACUUUGGUGAAAGAUGAAGAAAAUGUGGUUGCUGAUGCGAGCAAUGUCUCUGAUGGCCCAUCUGUGUUGACAGAGGAAACAGAUGUUAGUAAGGACAUAGACUCUAGUAGCGCUGAAACUGUAGUAGAUGCGGAAAGCAUACUUGAGAAUGAUUCUACAGUGUUACAAAGUGAUACAUGUGAGGAUGAGAAGGAAAGCAAGGUGAUAGAGAAGGCAGUAGUAAGUGAGGAAAGGUGUGUUAGAGAGGAUGAAGCUGUCUGUCCUAAAACAAACUGGUCAGCUGACUUAUGUGGUGAUGGCAACAUAAAUAGUGGUGAUAGCAACAUAAAUAGUGGUGAUAGCAACAUAAAUAGUGGUGAUAGCAACAUGAGAGAUUUAACCACAACUAGCUCAGCUGAUAUAACAACAGGAGCUUCAGAAAAUACGAUAUUCUGUGAGAAGGCAGAAAAACCAGACUGUUCAGGUGAUUCAAAAGUUUGGAAGGAAAAACAACCUGUGGAAUUGACGAACAGUAAAGUCACAGAAGAAGUGUUGCUCUCAGAGACCGAAGAGAAGGUUUAUAUAGAAACUGUCCCAACCCAAGGGCAAAGGUCAAGUGAUGUAGCCACUGAUGAUUCUCUAGAAAAAUCCACUAGCAGUGCAGAAAUUUCUGUGGAGAAAACCGAUAAAACAAAGAAAUCCAAGCGUGGGAAAAAGCCACGGCGGGUGUUUGGUGAGCUGGUGCCUGUUCAUACACUAGAUCCCUCUCCUAAUGGGUUUUUCAGUGACAAACCUAUUGGACGUAAAGAGUAUUUUGAGUGUAUUUGUGGGAGUAAAGAGGCUGGCUUCAGUUACCAGGAGAGUAUGAAAGUCCAGUGCACCCAGUGCGGGUUGUGGCAGCACUCUUCCUGUGUGAACUAUGACCUCACAGAUCCGUACCGUGGACCCUACCUGUGUCCCCACUGCCAUGUGGUUGCUGCCCCUAUUCCAUCAGGAGCGACACUGAUUGUCUCCCCGAACUCCAUCUGUCAUCAGUGGGUGGAGGAGAUUACUAAACACAUCAAGGAGAAGUCAGUUAAAGUGUUUGUGUACACUGGUGUGACCAAAUUGAAAUUUAUUCAGCCCAGAACCUUGGCAAGCUAUGACAUUGUCAUAACCACAUAUGAAACACUUAGGAAGGAGAUAGACUUUGUUGAUCUGCCACAUAGUAAUAGUGAGGCAGGCAGGAGAUUCCGUCACCCCAAGAGGUUUAUGGCCAUCCCUAGCCCUCUUAUUGCUGUCCAGUGGUGGAGGAUAUGUUUGGACGAGGCUCAGAUGGUGGAAGGUGUGACCACAAGAACAGCUGAGAUGGCAUUACGGCUGAGUGCUGUAAACAGAUGGUGUGUUACCGGCACCCCAGUACAGAAGGGCAUACAAGAUCUGUUUGGUCUGCUGGUGUUCCUGGGUGAAGACCCCUGCUGGGUGAGGGGCUGGUGGAAUAAACUGCUGUACGAACCCCUCAAGCAUGGCAUCCAUGAACCUCUGUAUGAGGUCAUGGGCAAGGUCAUGUGGAGGACAGCCAAGAAAGAUGUCAUAGAUCAGAUUCAGCUACCUGGUCAGUCAGAACAUGUGAAAUGGCUGACAUUUUCCCCAGUGGAGGAUCAUUUCUACAGGCGUCAAUACCACACCUGUAUGAGAGAAGCUGCUAGGACUCUUCUCCGGCGUACAGAUGCAGGAACCAAGCUUACCAGUCUAGACAGACAAACACUGAAUUCUAUCCUGUAUCCUCUGCUGAGUUUACGACAGGCCUGCUGUCAUCCACAGGCUGUUAGAGGAGCUUUCUUACCACUGCAGAAAUCCACCAUGACUAUGGAGGAAUUGCUGGAGUCUCUGACUAAGAAGGCCACUCUGGAAUGUGAGGAGGCUCACAGGCAACUUGUGGCUGCUCUCAACGGACUGGCAGGCCUAGAUAUACUCAAGGGCAAGUAUGUUGAUGCUGUAGAGAAUUACCGUGAAGUUUUCCGCUCAAUUGAUGAACACAAGGGUCAGUUCAGGACUGAUGACCUACAACAGCUCCACGCCCUACACAACCUGAGGGAGGUGUUGAAACUGAAGCCAGCAGGAGUGUCCCCCACACUGAGAGAUGACCUACUGGGUAUACAGGCUGAGGAGCUGAGAGAGAAAUAUAUGGUGAAGGUCGGGGCCAAGGUCAGCCAGAGAGAGGAGACUUUACACCCUGUACAGGACAACCUCAGGGAGCUGCGCAGAGAGUUUUCUGGUGGCAGUGGGUGGUGGAUAGACCUGUUACAGUGGGUCACCUACAUCCACCAGGAUGAACCUCUACUGCUGAAGGUACAGGAACAUCUCCGGGAGACUGUCAACCCUGAAAUGCCAUCUAUUGCCAAUAGGUUCCGUGACUUGAGAGGUUUGCAGUACAUUUUACAUGGACAGCUUAAGGAUCUACAGACAAGCCAUGACAAGUUGAUAGCAGCCAUACAGAGGCUGAGGAAGAAACCGUCUCAGGCUGUGAUAGAUCAGACUGCUGAAUGCUGCCUCAGACCACAGGAUAAAGUCCUCAAAACAUGUCCAUAUUGUAAGGCAGAUGAGCUCUUCUCAGAAUAUGAAUCCAAGUUAUUCUCCAUCUCAGAGAAGGGUGUGUUUGCUGAUGAGGAUGACACAGGCCUGGCCCAGGUGAAUACCAAGCGUCAGGGGAACUGGUCGGACAGUGAACUGGAGAAAACACUCAAAACUAUCCUCGCCUUUGUCAAGAUGUUCAAAGCUGAUGAUGAUAUGAUCGCCUAUGGAACUACACAUAUCAAACUGUUUGAAGCUCUGAAGAAGGAAUUCAAGGCUUUGCGUGGUGUGUGGCUAGCCCUCCAUGAAAUGAUCUCUAAUAUUGAUGAGUUAAGUAUGGCUACCACCAGGCUACGCUGCAGGCUGCCCGAGGAACCGAAAACUGACCCCCCACAGAGAAAUGUUAUAGAGCCGUCAGAGACUGACCACCACAGAAUGAGGCUGUUGUCCGACAGAACCGUUGGACAAAAUGAACUGAGAAAGAAACUUGGUCAGCUGCUCUACUUGAAGAACCUGGCUAAGAACCAGGAUGAGGUGGAUGGGGGUUCAAAUCCUGAACCCUGCCCUGUGUGUCAAAGAGAGCUGGGAGAGGAGUGGAGUGUACUACAGUGUGGACACUGUUACUGCCUGGACUGUAUCAGGAUAAUGGUAGACCAGUACAGUUUUGGGGGUAGACUUAAGUCUCUGAGGUGUGCCAUGUGUAGACAGCUGACCCGACACACGGACAUCUCUAAUGUCAGCACUAAGGCCUGCUCAAAUCUGGAGGAAGGAGAGGAGGCCAUCACUGUCAAGGGAAGUCACUCUACCAAGGUGGAAGCUGUAGUGAGAGCGCUCAAACAAAUCUACACCAAUGAUCCCUCAGCAAAAUCAUUAGUCUUCUCAACAUGGACAGAUGUACUGGAUAAAAUCAGCCAGGCUCUCCUGGAGAAUGACAUAGCACACAGAUAUCUGCAUGGGUGCCGAAAGUUCCAGGACAACCUGCAAACCUUCCGACAUGACCGUACAAUUCGUGCUCUGCUCCUGCCUGUCCACUCAGGAGCUAAUGGACUGAACCUGAUUGAGGCCACUCAUGUGUUACUGGUUGAGCCUAUUCUAAACCUGGGCGAGGAGCAGCAGGCCAUUGGCAGAGUCCAUCGUAUUGGACAGACAAGACCUAUUAAGGUGGUUCGCUUCUUGGUGCGUGGGACAAUAGAAGAAAAGAUGUACUCAAUGUUCAAGACAAUGUCCCGUGAUCACGAUGACUGGGAGGAGAAUUCUAUUACGGUUGGUGAUGUUAUAACGCUGCUGAAAGAGAAUGAAGAACCUGACAGUAACAAUGACAACAACAACAGUACUAUUCCACUGAGUAGUGAUCAGCAGUCUGGUUGUGCAAGUGCUAACUCUGAGGACUGUGAAGGUGAGAUGCCAGGGAUGUCUGCUGUGACAACAUACGCAGAGCCAACACCUAGUACAAGCCAGCACUUCCACCAGUCGCAACAGCCAUUGUCUGGAGAGGAUGUUGUAGAAAUCAACACUGAGUCUGUUGUUGACAGUGACAACACUACAGCAGGUGAAGGAGAGCCUAGUGGGGAUUCUGUUGCAUUUAACACAUGUCAAGGGGAGACAACUGAGGGACCUCUUGACAAGAAAAAACCUAGUCUCGACCCAGAACUGUUCACAUAACAACACAUUUUCAGCCUUGUCAAACCCAAGGUCAUGUUGUUGUUGUUGUUUUUGUUUAUGAGGAAAACAAAAAUGCCGCAAAGUAAGAAAAUGUACAAAACCUUGUGUGUCCUCUUCGCACAGUUUAUGUACUGUAUAUUUGUGCUGACAGCUUUGUCUAAUGCAUUUUCAUACUGUGAUAAGUGCAUCUGUUAUUGUAAUGGUAUUUAUUUUUUGUAUUUAGACUAUUAGUCAAAAUUCACAAAACAGGAAAUUUGAAAUGAAUAUUGGAGAAAAUAAAUAUUUUUAAUUGGGAACUUUUUUCACCUUAACUAAUUCAAGCGAAAGCUGUGUAAUCUAAUGGUCAUUCUGCCACCAAUUUGCAGGCAAACUGGAAACAUAGACUUCAGUACUCAUUUAUUGCAAUGAAGCAGUUGUCAAUCCUGCUUGGACCUGAAUUACCAUGAAGUGUGAGAAUAGGUAGUGGUGAUGAUACCACUUACCUGAGGUUUGAUGGGUCAUUGUUUAAAUGAUUAAAUAAACUCUGUUAAGUAAGGGUUAUAGCCGUUCGUAGGAGGUGUUAGAUUGGGGUGUAUACGAGAACAGUUACAUCACAGGCCAACGGGCUUUAGCUCCUAGGUAUAUUAUGUUAUUGCUAACAGGUGAGAUCAAACUCCAGAGGCGAAUGAUAAUAACCUACUUACAGAAAGAUGCUGCUGUUUGCCCACCAAUGCUUCAUUUUACAUACCGGUAUUGUUCAGUUUCUGCCGAUAGUUAUUAGGGUAUGCAUUAUUAUGACUAAUGAACUCAAUUUCUUGAGUAGAAGUGUUAUUUAGUAGAGUGUGGCUUUGUCAGACAUGUAGUCUACUGCAUGCAAAGCUAUCAGUUUAGACUGGAUCCAGUAACAAUUAUAGUACAUGUAUUUGUACGAGAUGUUUAUCAGAAAAUGUGCAAGUCUGUACUUGACCCCUUGGUGCUGUAUACAACACAACAACCAAGCCAUUAAUAUAACCCUCAGAACACAAAGUGUAUGAAAAACACGUAGGAUAUGAAGAACACAUAGGGUAUAAAGAAUACAUAGGAUAUGAAGAACACAUAAGAUAUAAAGAAUACAUAGGAUAUGAAGACCACAAAGAAUACAUAGGAUAUGAAGAACACAUAGGAUAUAAAGAACACAUAGGAUAUGAAGAACACAUAGGAUAUGAAGAACACAUAGGAUAUAAAGAAUACAUAGGAUAUAAAGAAUACAUAGAAUAUGAAGAACACAUAGGAUAUGAAGAACACAUAGGAUAUAAAGAAUACAUAGGAUAUGAAGAACACAUGGGAUAUGAAGAACACAUAGGAUAUGAAGAACACAUAGGAUAUAAAGAAUACAUAGGAUAUGAAGAACACAUAGGAUAUAAAGAAUACAUAGGAUAUGAAGAACACAUGGGAUAUGAAGAAUACAUAGGAACAUCAAGACUACACAAAUAAGUUCUUCGAAAUUCUGUCUUCUUGUCUUGCAAGGUAAUGGCAUUGACUAGAGCAUGCAGAACCUUUAAGAUAUGCUGUCCAACUCGAACUAAUUAAGACACAAAACAAG